AUGCAUCCAACGCAGGAGAAACUGAUUGCUCGGGCACGCGACUUUUUUGCCGAGGUGCAGAAUCUCACGCCCGGAAAAGACCUCGAAGCCCGCCUAAACCAGAACUGGGGCCCCGGCACGCCCAUCUACGAGGACCUGUGCGCCUACAUCCGCGAAGGCAUCGAACAGAACCAAGGCUGGGUGGCGACGGAGGAGCUGGACGGGCCCAAAUACCGCCGCAGCGUCAUCAGCCGGCCGUGCGCCGAGAACCGCUUCUUCAGCAUCACCACCGUGUACAUGGAGAGCGAGGAGGUGUAUGCCGGCCAGUACCAUCAACACCCGUACGGCGAGAUCAACUGCGUGGUGCAGCUCGACCAGGGCAAGGACAAGUCCAAGUCGGCCGAGCUGAAGGGCAUGAAUGGUUGGCAGGGCGCCGGAUGGACCUCGCCCGGCCCAGGCACUCACCACUACCCGGAGGUGCGUGGUGGCCGGUUGGUGGCUUUGUUCUUCCUGCCGGCAGGUCGCAUUUCUUACGAGGCCACGCCGGACAUGCCUCAGCCGAUAUCGAUCUAG